GCAAGGCAUCAGUGACACCCUCUCAGCUUUUGACCUGAGGAGUCUCUUUGACUACGUCAAUUUAUUUCAAAGCACAAUGAAGCUGAGUCUUGUUCUAUCGGCUUUUUGCCUUCUUACCACAGUAUUUCUGUGUGGAGGAGAGAACAUUAUAUCAACUAGCAUCGCACCAAAAACCACUGCCUCAACUAACGUAUUCAGCACGACCACAGACAGCCCAUCCAGCACGACCACAGACAGCCCAUCCAGUACGACCACAGACGGCGCAUCCAACACCACCACAGACGCCGCAUCCAACACCACCACCAUUAUCCCCACCAUUAUAACUAAUUCUACUGAAUCAGUUCCUACAACUGAGAUUGUUAAGGAAUCCAAUUCAGGGCUUUCACCGGGCGCUAUAGCGGGCAUCACCAUCGGCUCCAUUGCCGGUGUGGGAGCAGUCGGUGGUGGUAUCUUCGGUUUAUUGAAGUACACAGGGAAGAUCUAAGACCAGCUGUUGCACAAUAAGGAUCGAAGUGGAUGUAGAGCGUCAGAUGAAACAUGUCCUAUCCUGAGAUCAGACUUAAUCCUGACCAUGCUGAGUGGAUUGAGUAAGGCCUAAAUGUCUGAAUGGCUCAAGAAGGAAUAAACUGAUAUAUGUAUAGUAUAUGUAUAUUCAAGAUUAUGAUCUCAUGGGCCAAGAGGAAGACAUAAUAAUGUCUGUUUCACCACUUUGCUAUUUUGAUUGCUUGACUGAUGGCCAGAAAAUAAUCCUUAGCUGAUCAAAACAUUUACAUAAUAGUAUGAAAUGUAUUUAUAUUUUAUCUGAUAUGUGUAUCUUAUUGACAGAUACUACUCAUCUAGUGGGUUAAAUGUAUUUAAUUUUAUGAGUUAAUCUUCCUAAUGUCCUUCACAUUUGAUGUUUUGUUUCAGUAUAAAGGGUAGACUGUUUAACUAUAAAAAAGGUUUUUUGUAUAGAAACAAGAAUACAUAAGCUUUUGUGUUCAUUUAUAAAGGUAAAAAAUCUUUGUAAGUGAAUACCGAUAUUUCCUUUAAGCUAAAUAA